AUGUCAUCGUCCGUCGCAACGCUCAUCGGACAGCACCCGUCGAAUCCUUGCCAAGAGACCCAUUUGGCCUCAGGAAGCUCUAAGGCAUGGACGAAGUCAUACCCACCCAUCACUAACUUGAUCGUUCACUCCAAGAUGCAGGGAGAUCAAGCGACACAGGCGGAUUUUCGGGCUUUCCACCCUGAAUACAAGGAUGACUCUCUUAGGCUCCAAGAACGUGGGAAUGCACCAAACGAGAGAUCCUACAGGUUAAAUACGGAGGAAGAUGGAGUUACGUGGUUUCACACAGAAGUAUCCAACAUCGUCCUGGCUGCCUUCUCAAGGUAUCCUCGGGUUUUACAGACUUCUCACGACAAGCCAAUCUCUGAGUCUCGUGACGAUCACACUGUUGACGUGGCCUACUCUGUCUACUCCGGAAAGACCCGGAAACACGUGGCUAUAGGCGAAUUCAAGAGGGGUCUCAUUGUCCCGGGGGAGUGGCGACGGGGAAAACUUGACACAACACCUCAGAAGAGCUUGUCCAAGGAACUUCGGGGGGCAAAAAAGGUCAAGGGGUUAGAAGACGCGAAAUGCCCUGUGGACUGCUGGGUCCUUCCGCGGGACAACAUACACGGCACCCCCCUACGAUAUGCACUUUAUCGAUUCAUUGUCCAGGGGUUUCGCCGAUGCCAAGGCGAAGCUGCAGUAGAUGUCGCCUUCAACGGGCAAAGACCAUCUGAGCGCUGUUUCUUCAAUGGUGUUCCGUUCUGGAAAGCAGAAGAUGGGACAAAGAUCUCUGAGCCAUGGAACUACCACAGAGUGGUGGAGGCAUCUAAUGGUGCAUUUUAUUGGGCUCGUCCUGGAGGGUUAGAGGCUGUCCAGUAUAAUGACGGCAAUACCGUGUGGGAUACUGCUACCUUUUGGGAAGCCCAGGAACAAGUGGAAGAGGAAGAGGAAGAGGACCUAUAUAGUGCGAACUGA